GAGCCAAUUCUCGCUGACGGUUAGUCUACGCCACCAACGUACCCACCCGAGGACACCGGACCGUUCAGCUUCACCCAAUUCCAACACCAGUUAAGGAUGUGCCAGUUCAGAGUUUUCUAGCAUCGUUCUACAGCGAAAGAAAAGUUUGAAUUCAACGCAUCGUACGGUAUAGUAUACGGAUAAAACCGCAUGGACGCCUUUUCAACGAAACGUAGGCAACAUUACGCAACUGGCGGUGACUUUCACUCACCCACACCAUAUUCUAAACAAGCGCAGCGAAGGAGAAAUAUUUUUUCCGAACAAGAGGUGUUCCGCAUGCUUGCCCCCCAACUAGAUCCAUUAGCGAGGCGUCACGAUCGCCAUAAUCGGGAAGAAUGGAUAUUAUCAGAGCGCCUGGAAAUAUUAAUAUUAAUGGUAACGACAGCGGCGGCAGCAGUAGCCUGGAGCCGCUGUUACGCAGCCCCCAAGGGGCCAAGUCAAAGGACAAUAAUGGUGGGAGCGGCCUGCGGCAGCACAACUUUCCCGACGAUCGACAACCGCAGGGUGGAAAGAAUGGCCUAAAGGGUUCGGCUACGCCCGGUUCGUCGGUGACAACGCCGCACCGUCAAACUCCACCCCAGUGCCCGUCGACCGAUUCGGGCAACAGUUCCUGUGUGAGCAGCGGUAGCAAUGGUGUCGGUAGCAGUGUUGGUGGUAGUAGUGCUAGUGCUUCCGGUGUUGGUGGUGGUGUAGUGGAUGAUCCAGAAACUCAAAAACCGCACCGUCCCUCACGAUCAUCGUCCGCAUCGUCACUCAAAUCGAAUCGCAAUAUUUACGUGAACAGAACCUACGAUGUUGACGAUGCAGGACGGGAGGACGGUGCAGCAGUUCGUGCGGCUGCCGAUACCGGUUCGGCAGUUUCGAUUUCGAUCGAUGAAGGCAUUGACGUGAAUGUGUGUGUCGCGACACGUGGUGAGGGUGGUCCAGUUGCUAGUGAUGAGCAGGGCAACCAGGAAGAGGAAGAAAUAAAACCUUUGCUGGAGGUUACGAACGAACGGCGCAAGACGAAGAGCAUCGUCAAGAGUCCGUCAAGUCAAAGCAUUGGUGGGGAGAAACCGGUACGCCAGCUUAGCCUGCAGUUCUCCCAACCGGAGUCGGUAAUAGUGGCCGAACGUCCGGUACAUCAUGUGCAGUUCAGUAACGGAAGCAGGUACACAAACGUUACCGGAGGUGACGGUGGAGAACGGACGGCUCUCGUCGGUGGAACAUACGCCACUCAUCAGGGGCUUGGUACGAACGCGAUGGAAGCUCAGUGUUCGAGUCCGGUUGGAAGCAUCCUGUCGCACGGUUCAGCAGGUUCAUCAUCCUCAUCCGGUUCCUCAUCGUCAUCGUCGUCGAACGAGAACAGUUCGCUGGGUGCGUACGCUGAGGCACGUCCGCCGGAUGGUGGUUGGGGAUGGGUAGUUUGUUUCGCAUCCUUUAUGGUAAACCUAAUUGCGGACGGUGUAACGUUCAGUUUUGGCGUGAUGUACAUCGAACUGCUGUCCUACUUUGGAGAAGGCAAAGGAAAGACGGCCUGGGUUGGAUCGUUGUUUAUGGCGAUGCCGUUGCUGUGUGGUCCGGUUGCAUCGUUCCUUACCGAUCGGUACGGUUGCCGGAAGGUAACGAUCAUCGGCUCGAUAAUGGCAUCGAUCGGAUUUGCGCUGUCCGCGUACGCUACCUCGAUCGAGAUGCUGUACCUCACGUUCGGCAUACUGUCCGGGUUCGGGCUUAGUCUGUGCUAUGUCGCUGCGGUCGUUAUCGUUGCGUACUACUUCGACAAAAAGCGCUCCUUCGCCACGGGCCUGUCGGUGUGUGGCAGUGGCAUUGGGACGUUUGUGUUUGCCUCGCUGACGCAGGUCCUGCUAGACGAGUACGGAUGGCGCGGUACGACUCUUAUCCUUGCGGGCGUCUUUCUCAACAUGUGCCUGUGCGGAUUGCUGAUGCGUGAUCUCGAAUGGACGACACACAAGUCGAAGCAGAAGCGUCGUAAGCAGCAGCAACAGCAAGCCGAUUCGGUGAGCAACAGUACGAAUACGGCCGGUGGUAACACGAGCGUGCUGAUGGGCAAUGGAGGAAUCAUCGAUGGUGUACCGAUUGGUGGCGUGAUCGGUGGUAAUGGUGGACUGGUAGAUGCAGCCAACGAUCAUGUCUGCGAUCUGGACGAUCCACGCCUUUUCAGCUCAUUGAUCACACUGCCAACGUUUCUGCAAAAUGGCAGCGGUCAGGAUAAGAUCACACUGGAGGUGUUGGCUAUGCUAAGCAAGCAGCACAACAUGCACGAUCACCACGUGCUACAGAGUCUACCGACCGCCCGGAUGAGCAGUUCGCGUAGCUUCAGUCAACCGAUGUCACCGCAGAGUGGUGAUAAUUUGACCGAUGUUAGGGAAGAGCAGGAACAGCAAGCGAAUGCCGCAAAGGAAAAGGACACAACGACACCAUCGGCGGAAGACACCCACGACGAUAAAGGGCAGGAAGUGUUGGCAAACGAUGAUGGCAGCACGGUGGUGGUGCAGCAGCCGUCGCGUCACCGAGCAGCCGGCGGUCAGCGGUCCGGUGCAAGGGGACGGAAUGGGGCUGCCACCGAUGCCGACGGCACCUCGUACGAACCGGGCACCGCAUUGCCGCCCGUGUUCCUGCGGCGGGUGCACAGCCACAGCACGCGCGGUACGGCCCCGCCGGCCGCGGGGCCACCCGCCGCGACCGCUUCCUACCUAAAGGAUUUGCGGAUGCACCGCCAUUCGCUAACGUACCGCGGUGCUAUGCUGAACAUUCAGCGCUACCGGCUGCGGGCCUCCUCCUGCCCGGACAUCUACCGCAACUCGAUGACGACGAUCGCGAAGGAGAAGUCCGCCUGGUACCAGGGCGUGGAGGAGUUCCGAACACUGCUGGUCAGUAUUCUGGACUUCUCCUACUUCUCGGACGUGCACUAUUUGCUGUUUGCCAUCUCGAACUUUCUGCUCUACACGUUCUACGACGUACCGUACGUUUAUCUGGGUGACAAUGCGUCCCAGAUAGGCUUUUCCCACGCCCAGUCAUCGAUGCUGAUCGCAAUCAUCGGCAUACUGAAUAUGGUUGGCGAGGUGGUACUCGGCUGGAUGGGCGAUAGGAAAUCGGUGAACGCCAACUACACGUAUGCCAUCUGUAUGGCUCUCUGCGGAUUGGUGACUGCGCUAGUGCCACUGUUCAAAGAUUACACGAGUCUAUCCGUAUUGGCUGGUGGAUUUGGACUGUUUAUAGCAGCAAACUAUUCAUUGACCAGUAUUAUCCUGGUGGAACUCAUCACACUGGAACGUUUCACCAAUGCGUACGGAUUGCUGCUUCUGGUGCAGGGUGUUGCGAACCUCGUCGGUCCUCCCCUCGCAGGCUGGAUCUCUGAUCUAACAGAAUCGUACGAUUUGGCAUUCUAUUUGGCCGGCUUUUUCAUAGUCAUUUCCGGUGCACUUCUGCUGGUACUGCCCACCAUAUCGAAGGUUCGCAAAAUACUAGACAAACGAAGACGCAGCUCCGCCCUUGCCAAUGGUGGCGAUACGAUCAAACUCAACAAAAAGCAUUCUUCCGCCAGCUAUCAGCACAACAAUAAUGUCGCAAAUAAGCCGGUCGUGCUGGAUCUAAAAACGACCUACGUAAGCAAUGGCAAACGUAUCGUUACCGGCAGCGUUGACACCAAGAAUGGUUCCACACCGAAUGGUGGUCUCAAUGGCUACAAGAUGGACGACGGAGCCACGGUUUAG